GAAGAUGUCACGCUGAACAGCAUGCAGGUGAAAAUCCUGCCUGCUCUACAGGAUAACUAUAUGUAUCUGAUUGUGGAUAGCAAUACAAAAGAGGCAGCUGUCGUAGAUCCCGUGGAUCCAGAGCUGGUCAUCAAGACAGUGAAAGAGUCGAAUGUGAAGCUAAACAAAGUUCUGACUACUCACCAUCACUGGGAUCAUGCUGGUGGCAAUGAGCGCUUGGUCAAGAUGUGGGAUGGUAAACUGGAGGUCUAUGGCGGUGAUGAACGUAUUGGCGCAAUGAAUCACAAAGUUUGCCAGGAUGAAACAUUCACCAUUGGCACCCUCAAGGUGCGCUGCUUGUCGACUCCCUGUCAUACCAGCGGCCACAUUUGCUAUUAUGUCACAGCUGAAAAUAGCAAUGAGGCUGGCGCAGUUUUCACUGGCGACACACUCUUCCAAGGCGGCUGUGGUCGCUUCUUUGAGGGCACACCAGAGGAGAUGUAUGAUGCUUUGUGUGCUAAGCUUUCGGCUUUGCCGGAUGAUACAAAAGUCUUUUGCGGCCAUGAGUAUACGCUGCAGAACAUGAGUUUUGCUCGGCAUGUGGAGCCGGACAAUAAAAAUGUACAGAAUCGCAUUGAAUGGGCCAAGUUGCGCCGUGCAACCAAAGACCCAACAGUUCCAUCGACCAUUGGCGAGGAGAAGCUGUGGAAUCCAUUUAUGCGCGUGCAUGAAUCUACCGUGCAGAAUCAUGCUGGCAUUUCGGCAAAUCCCAUUGGCACUAUGGAAGCUUUGCGCAAGGAAAAGGAUAACUUUAAAGCUUAAAUUUUAAAUUUAUUAAACGGUUUAUUUCGUAAAGAGCA